UGCUAAAAACUGCGGCGAGUUCCUUACCAUUGGCUCACUGUGAGUCACAUGACUUUACACCGAGGCGAUAUGUGUCUUAGGGAAGCCCAAGAGAACGCAUGGAAGGAAGUUUUUUUUUUUUUUUACAGCUAGAGGUUGUAGGACAAGAGCAAUCGCCUGAAACGCAGGUUGGCACCCCUCCAUCACUUGCUCCUGGACAAUACCAAAAUGAACUCCUUCCUGGAGUAUACAACUUGUAAUCGCGGGGCGAACACCUCACAUAAGCCUGGAUAUCAUCAUUUGGACCAUGGAAUUGGAACUUCUUUUCUCCCAAGUGCAGUUACAACAAAUGACAGCUAUAAUUCUGAUGGACGGUUUUUUGUGGGAGCCAGUGCUCCAGCCGCUUCGGCUCAACAUCAGCACCAGAGCAGUGCUUACCCUCAUCAUCAAACUCAACCGCACCAGGGUAACUUGGGCCUUCAGUAUAGCAGCACAGGAACAACGUAUGUGUCACAGUCCGGCUCGAACUCCGACUAUGGAAACCAUCAGUAUUUUAUCAACCAAGAGCAGGACGGAAUGUACUUUCCUUCUUCGGGUUUUUCUACCUCAAGUGUUGGUCCCAGCCUCGGCUCCCUCGCCAUUGGAUACUGCGGGACGUCUAGCGUUGUUCCCACCAGUCAGUACCAGCACUACGGCUGUGGGGACCAGGAGCAACAUGGAUAUUUGCAUAGUACCUAUGCCAGCAUUUCCCCUUCCCAGGGUGGUGAGAAGGGUCUGAAUUGCUAUCCUGACCAAAUCACGCCGGGAAAAACUUUUGACUGGAUGAAGGUUAAGAGGAAUCCACCUAAAACAGCUAAAGUAGCAGAGUAUGGAAUCCACGGUCAACAAAACACAAUCCGCACUAACUUCACCACCAAACAGCUGACCGAGCUCGAGAAGGAAUUCCACUUCAACAAAUACCUGUCCAGGGCCAGACGUGUAGAAAUCGCUGCCACGUUAGAGCUUAACGAAACUCAGGUGAAAAUAUGGUUUCAGAACCGCAGGAUGAAACAGAAGAAGCGGGAAAAAGAAGGGUUGGCCCUGGACCGGUGUUCAACAAGAGAACUCGGAGACAAUUCAGACCACUCUAUUUCUUCAUCUCCUGGGGCAUCUCCCAGUUCGGAAACCACAUGAGUUCAGAAUCUGGACCAACUAGUGGUUAUAAAUUAUAUGAUUAAAGGUGAUCAGCAUUCAAACAGUUCUAUGCACACACGCCCAAACAGCAACAGUUAAAUGUGGGCGUAUAUUUCACUUCCAACUAUUGAUCAGUUAAGCGAAUAGAAGAAACAACUAAAUAGAUGGUAAAAUAAACGGCCUUUGCCGUACUGAGGAUCAUUAAGACAAAACGGAAUAUACAAUGUUCCAAGAAAAGGAAGACAGUGCCUCAAAAAUAGUCAUAUCCAAGUUAUGAAUACGCCUGUAUUUUUGCAGAGCUGAAAGUGGACAGACAGAAGUUUCUAUCAUCGACACACCUUACAUUUAACAUGUUAAUUGUGCAAGGUUUACAAAUUGAUAUUACAGGGAGUCACUAGGAGGCUCAAUAUCUGUCUAUUUUCUUCAAAACAUGCUGGGGAAUAUGGAGGACAAUCAAUAAUUAUGACGUCAGUGGCGUUGACAAUAAAUGCGAUCAUUAGUCUUUGCACUAUGCGGUUACAGGGUAGGCUGUGUCACCAAAUGUUCAGAUAAAUGUUUUUCAGAAUAUAUGUAACUCUUUCGUUAAUGCGAAUAGGCAAUAUAUGUCUUGUCGGAUCAUUGAUUUAAUUGUCAAUGUAACACUGUUAAUAAAAGUAAUACUUUUAUUCUAAUGUAUUCGAUUCGGGUUGAAAAUACUCGUUAUAGUCAUGAAUACAUAGCCUACAGUCAGAGUGUAAAAUUGACAGCCAUUAUAAGUAUUUACUUUAUUUAAUGUGUGCAAAGUAAAAUGUUUAAUAUUAAAUCAACUCCUUAGAUGGUCCCUUGGACCAUAUGGGCACUGUUGGAGUUGAAUUAACUGCACAUUGUACUGUGUAUACCUAGGUGACUGUAUUAUUACUGACGUGGGGUUAGAAUACGACACAGAGAAAAGGUUAAUUGUUUAAAUCGAUAGGUAAAAACAACCUGACUUAACCAAACAGCGGAACAUUUGAGAAAAAUAGAAAUUACUGUGGACCGACGGGCUUUGUGUGAAGUAUCAUAUUUGUUACACCAUUUCAGACUUACGUUCUUUUCAUCCUAUAUAUAAUCUACAAUAUAUGAGCACAGAUUGACUAAGUUUUAUUAGUUCGUUUCUGUAUUUCAUUUGUUAUUUAAAUUUUAAUGGAUCAGUGUCCCGGCACAGAUUGUACCCCUGUAAUUUCUGUAAUUGCUCAAAUAAACUCCAACAUUACACUCA